AUCUCUGCCAGACAUUAAUACUCAUUGCCACUGGAUGUUUUCAGUCCCAAAGCAGUCCUUGAGCUGUGGGACCCCUGAGUGAUUGACACAGGCGUCAGUUAUGCAAUUCUCUUUCUGAGGGCACUGAAGUACAAUGAAGCAAGAGUAUUAGGCUGGAGCUCUGAGCUAGCUUAAAAUGCACUGCCGGCAUGGCUAACAGAACAAACUCCUCUGAGUAUUUUUGGUCGUAUGAAUAUUACUGGGAUUACAUAGAUCCAAUUCCAGUAGAUGGAAGCAAGUUGAAGGUUAAUAAAUACUCCAUUGUCAUCGCCUUCUGGGUCGGACUUGCUGCCUUCGUGACGUUACUUUUUCUUAUUUUACUGUGUAUGUCCCGCUCCGGAUCAACUCCAGUAAAACAAGUGAUUGUAGGGAGCCAGAUGGAAGAAAGCAGUUCCAAUGGGGAACAGCCUCACUGUGAUGACCUCAGGAGCCCAUACUCAGAUGUGGUUGCUUCUUAAACACCUAUCUCCCUUUCGGAUGAAAUGGGCAUUCCUGGAAGGAUCUGAGCCUGAGAUAAAACUGGAAGAGGUCAAACCAACCCAGCAGCGCAGUUCCCAUGGCUGCAGAGAAAAGCUCAGUGCUGUGACUGCCUGUUAAUCACCUGGAUUCAGGAAAAAAAGGAAAAUGUCUUUCAACAAAGAACAAACCUGAAAAACCCUGGAUGCAUAAGAGGAGGUCCUAAUGGCCAUAUUUGAGUAAAAUGGCUCAGCACUCGCCCCAAGAAUAGAACAUAUCCUUUAUUUACUUUUGCAAAAAAAUAUUUCGUUACUUAAAAUUUAUUAAAAUACUGUUUAUCUAGAAGAGCUUUUAAAAAGUGAAUGGCAUGUGGUGGUUUGCACUAAUUAUCUUCCUGAAUAAACAGUUACUUUACUUGCUACCUGGAAAUACAGUUUUGCUACCAACAA